AUGUCAAAACAAGACGCAUACGAAGAAGAAGGCGUAGUGAAAGACGAAAACUAUAUCAUCAAUGAAGAACAUGGGUCUGAUGAGUAUGAUCCCGUGAAGUUAGGUGACCUUGAAAAACCUGUUGAUCCCAACGAAAUUCAACCUUUGGAUCACAAUUUACGCGAGUCGACGAAAAUAGUCCGUGAAACACCAGGAUUAUUUGCCGAAGACGAAAGUGGCUUCGAUCAAGAGGGUAGACCAUUACCUGUUGCUGAUGAUGAAAAAGAGAAAGAUACUUCAAGACAAUUGUCUUCUCUCGUUGCUGCUUCUCAUCGAGUAGGUCGUGAUGAAGCAUCUAAACGUGCUAGUGCUGAAAAAGCUUCGGAAUUGCACGAGAAAGUCACCGGACAGCCGUUGGAAAUCAAUGCAAAAGGUGAAGUCGAAACUGAUACUCCUGUUAGUCAAGGAUGA